UGAAAAGAGAAGAGAUACCACAAUUACUUGAGUUGAUAACAUAUUAUACAUACUAUGGAGGAGAUACGUAAAACUGCGUCAGCUUAUUAUGGCAAUUGUUCAGAAGACCAGAAGAAGUUGGUCAAGUCUCUGUUCGACAAAAUGGUUUCAAAAAAAGAUGGGGGAGUAACUCUGAGUGAGUACGAGAACAACUUCGAGAAAUUGGGGUUGUCAUGUGAUAUUCCAAAGAAAUCAAGUCUGUUCGAUGAGAUUUUCAAAGAAAAAAAGACAAGCUUUUUCAAUCAGCUUGACAAAAAUGGAGAUGGGGUUCUGGAUUUUGAGGAGUUCAUUACCUUAUUCUAUCUCUUAUCAAGUGGGAGGCUGCUCUUUUGUAAAGGCAAUGGUUGUCAAGUUUUUCUUGAUGAAGUCUUUUUCAGUUGCCCCAAAUGCUUCAAGAAGCCUAAAAAGAUUAUCACACUUUGCCCAAAUUGCUAUACCAACAACAAUUAUAGCCAUAAGCAUCCCCUUGUCGAUAAUUAUGCCUUUCUCAUGACCACACAAGGACCAACGAGCAAGGUGAAGACAGCUAUUCAUAUAGCCCAUGGGGGACUUUUCGCUUUUCAUGCUAUUCAUUUAUGUACCAUUAUGUAAUAAAAAAAAUAAAAAGAAGAAAGAAUCUCUUCAGACUAGAAUAUUCAUCAGUUCCUUAUGUAUGAAUAUGAUACAGAAUAAGUGCUCUUUCACAAA